CCCUUGGUUUCCCUCUGGUCUCCUCUGCUGAUCCACUCCCUCCUCUCCCCACCACAUCCCAGUCAUGGCCCUGCUUCUGCAACUGCUGCCUGUGCUGUUGGCGAGGGUCCAGGGAGACCCCGGGGCUUCACUGGACGGCCGCCCUGGAGACCGGGUGAAUUUCUCCUGCGUAGGGGUCUCGCAUCCCAUCCGCUGGGCCUGGGCGCCUAGCUUCCCGGCCUGCAGGGGCCUGUCCAAAGGACGCCGCCCAAUCCUGUGGGCCUCAUCCAGCGGGACCCCCACUGUGUCUCCCGUCCAGCCCUUUGCUGGUCGCCUACGUGCCCUGGACCCUAGUAUCCGGCGGCUGGAGCUGCUCCUGAGCGCGGGGGACUCAGGCACCUUUUUCUGCAGGGGCCGCCGCGAGGAGGAGAGCCGAACUGUGCUGCAUGUGCUAGGGGACGGGGCUGACUGCAGGGCUCCGGGGCCUGCCCACGGGUCCAUGUAUCCCCAGCUCCUGAUCCCACUGCUGGGAGCUGGACUAGUGCUGGGACUCGGGGCGUUGGGCGUGGUCUGGUGGUGGCGCAGUUGCUGGGUUGCUGUUGGUCCCGAGGAGAACGAGACAAAACUGAUGGCACUCAAAGACUCCUACACAUCCGUUACAGGCGAUCACCCCUGCACCCGCCUCAACCACUCCCCAGAUUUGCUCUGUCCCCCCCAUAUAGAUCCACUGGUGAAAGUCGAGACCCAGAGGCCAGCAAAGGAGGAGGAGCCUAAGAUCACAGGGGACCUGGACCAGGAGCCGAGCCUGCUCUAUGCAGACCUGGAUCAUCUGGCCCUCAGAAGGCCCCUCCGGUUAACCUCAGUGGUCCCUGCUGAUGCCUCCACCAUCUAUGCGGUUGUAGUUUGAAGGGAAGUCCUUAUUCCAAACCUCGAACCUCGCAAGCUGGGGGUUCUCAGCUCUCCACAACUUUUGGCCCCUCCUUGGCUACUCACUUGGAAAAGGAAUCCACCAUGGGAUAGAAUCGAGCACUAGCCUGAGAGUCAGGAGCCCUGGGUUCCAGGCUAUCUCUGCCACUGAUCUUGCUCCUUCAGCUACCCCAUCUCAUAACUUCACCAUUGGUGCUCUCUCUAAACCUGAUCAAGCCCUGUCUCCCUAUCUUAAGACAUCAACAACUCCUAGAUAGUUGUCCUACUCUUCCCUUCCCCCCACAGUCCAGCUCUUUGAACCAGGGGCCUACACCCAUAUUUUCUUCUCCUUUACUCCACCCCCACUGCUCAUCUGCUCUCCAUGAGGUUGCCAGUGAGGUCCUGAUGGCCACACCCAGUAGAUUUUUUAGCAUUCAUCUGGCUUGGUCUUUGAUCACUCCCUUCUUUAAGCUCUGUUUUUCUUUAAUGCUGGUAUCUUCCUUUUGGACUCUUUUUCCUUGCUCCCUACCCCCAUGGUAUUCCCCACCAUUCUAGGUUUGUCCUUUCUUUAUCGGACUUCCCUCUUUGGGAAUCUGCCAUCCGCAGCCAGUUCUCAGCCCUCACCUCUGCAAACAACUCAGAACUCUCUCCAGCUCACAUUUCCGGGAAUGGGAUCUCCCAACUAUCCCUGAGACAUCUCUGUCUGGUUGGCCGUAGGCAUUUUGCACACAGCAUACCCAAAACCCAACUCAUUGUCACUUAAUACUUGUCUGCAUUCUCUAUUGAUCAACCCAGUUGCCUAAGCCAGAAACUGGGAGUCAUGCAGACCUUCUUCCGCUCACUCCCACACAAUGAACCAAGUCCUAUUUUAAUGUCACUGUGAAAUCCUACCCUUCUUCACGCCCAGGGCUACCACCUGAAUGUACUCUCAUUUCUUCCCUGGUCACCCAUAGCCCCACCUCAUCCUCUUGCCCUUGUCUUCCUCCCUCAAGCCAGAGGGGUCCUCCCCAAAUGGCAACCUACUCCUCAUGGCCUAUAUUCCAGAAUUGCAGUAUUUCUUUCCAUAACCUUCAGCUCUGGAGCCAUGGGCCUUGGCUUUGGGUACAAGGUGCUGCAGCACUCUGCCUACUCUCCAGGCUUGUCCCUGUCACUCCACAUGCACACAACGUGCCAGCCUUGGAGAGAUUCUCCCCAGCCUCCAAAUAUGCCUUUGCACAAUUCAAGUCCUUCUUCCUGGAUCACUCUUCCUCCUCCUCCCCACCACCUUCCUGGCUAAUUCUUCUUUAUCCUCAGUUGAAAUGUAGCCUUUCCUGGGAAGCCAUUCCUGACCCUCUUUGCCUACCUCUGUGUACAUCUUGAUGCCUUAGGCAGUCUCCUUAUUUAUCUCAUAGCAACAACAUCCUGUGAAUUGUUCCAUCACAACCUGUAUUUCAAUUUCAUAUACUGUGAGUUCCCUGUUAUCAGGAGACUGACCCUUUUUAAUUUUACUGCUAAGCCUCAGUAAAUGAGUGAAUGAAAAUGAA